AGCUAAGCCACUAGGUAUCUCGCCAUUUGCCAACAUGUCUGAACCCGGGUACUUUAUUCGACAAGCAACCGUGGAGGAUGUGGUCUGGUAUGGUUCGAACAAGGUCGUCGCUGGAACGGCGACAUACGAGAAGGCACCAGAGAUGGUGAAGGCGACGCCGGAGCUUCUUCGCAAGAACCUCUUUGAGACGCCCUACGCGCAUACGCUGUUGGCUGUGACCGGAACACCCUCUGCUCCGGGCAAGGCCAUCGGUAUGGCAAUGUACUUCUACAACUACUCCACGUGGACCGGCAGACCAGGCUUAUACCUGGAGGAUCUCUUUGUGGAUGAGGCAUUCAGAGGUAAGGGCAUCGGCAAGGCGUUCUUCGCUGAACUCGGCAAGAUCGCGAAGGAAAAGAAUUGUGCGCGGAUGGACUGGUCUGUCUUGGACUGGAACCAGCCGUCGAGAGAUUUCUACGAGAAGAAGCUCGGUGCAAAGCCUAUGACUUCUUGGAUUGGUAUGAGACUGGAGGAAGAAGGCAUAGACAAGCUCGCAAGCCUUGCGAGCUGAGGGAAGGAUUUCAGGCGCUUGUACUACUGGACAAACUUGGGAUUCGCCCAGAAAGUGUAUUUCUUCGUUGGGCACGCUGAAGAUCUCACGCACGUGAGAUUGCACUAUGUG